AUUUUGCAAUAAACAUGGACAUGGAUAGGUCCAGGUAUCAACAACAGUUACAACUCAUAGAUGAGCAGGACUCAUACAUAAGUGAGAGAGCAAGCACAAUGCAAAAUAUAGAGUCAACGAUCGUAGAACUUGGUCAGAUAUUUACACAACUUGCUCAUAUGGUGAAAGAACAAGAUGAAGCUGUACAAAGGAUAGAUUCCAAUGUAGAGGAUGCACAACUGAAUGUGGAAGCUGCUCAUGGCGAAAUUUUAAAAUACUUUCAGUCAGUGACGAACAAUAGAUGGCUAAUGAUAAAAAUAUUUGCUGUGUUGAUAAUAUUUUUCAUCAUUUUCAUAGUGUUUAUGGCCUAAAUGUGGAAAUUUUAAAUAAUAAAAGAAAAAAAAAAGAAACAACAGUGAAGGAUUCUCUCUAACUGUGCCUUGAGAAAUAAAUUGAAAAAUGAAUUUUAACGACAGCCAUCAAAAAGAAUUUGAAAAUGUAAACAUUUUUUGUGUGUUUUUAACAGCAUUUGUUAUCAUAGUUGGGAUGUAUUUGUGUUUCAUCACAAAUAAGCUUUGUGCAUAUAUGCCUGCAUAUUAUACUAGUAAUAUGAUGAUAAUCAACCUGUUUUAAGGGGGUAAAAUAUAAUUUAAGGGGAUUUAAUAAUGUACAUGCACGCCUGUUUAAUAAACAGUCAGAUGCUGAGUUAACAUGGUAUAUGUGUGUGUGUCUACAAAAUAUUAACAGAAAAAAUAUGACAGUGAAGUAAAAGUAGCACAUAAUCGUAUUUCACAUUGGAUGAUAUUUAUUUGGUCUUGUAUGUAUAUUUUUGUAAAAUGCUCUGAUAAAAGUGUGGGAUAAUCAUACAAUAUAAAUUGAAUGUUUCCACUUUCAUUUUAUUUUUAUUUUCAGCCGAGAAACAAUUUGUUGCUGAAGUGAGUUAAUAAUAAUGUGAUUAUUUAUUGUGUUCUGAAUACAAUGUACAGUGAUAAAUCUUGUUCGUAUGCGAGACCUCUCCACAUUAUGCUAGUAUGUUUGACAUAAAUUGCAUUUCCAUUUGUUUUCUGGUACCUUGGCCUCCACUAAAUUCUCAUAAAAAUCACUUCUAUCAGAGGGAUGGUAAUUAAUAAUGUUUUAAGAAUUGUAUAAAGUCUACAUGUCAAUCAUAUCAGCUACAUAUUUGAUCAGUUGUUGACAAAAUUUUCAUAUAUACAUGUAUAACUCAAUUGCUUGUUAAUUAACCCAGGGUCUUAUAUUAGAUUAAGCUCUAUAAGAUGAAAGAAGGCUUUUUGUUUUGCCCUGCAAAAAAAUCAUAUUCAUGUUUUUAGCUUUGUAAGAAAUGUGAUGGAAAUGUUAGUUUUGUCACAUAUGGUUUUCUUACAUAUAUGGUUUCCUUGCAAUAUUGGAUCAUGUUUGCCCUCUUUAUUUAUUUUUUUUUUCAAAUUUUCUUUUAAAUCGAUUUUAUGUGCUACAUUAAUCUUAAUUUUUUUUUUAUCUCUUGAGUAUUCUUUUCAUCAAAGUAUUGAUAGUUUCAUGUCAUUUAUAUACUUAAGUUAAACUUAAAUUAGGGCUAUGACAUUAUCAUUUAACAAUACAUAUAAUAAUAGUAUUGUUGUUAUUUGUUAAAAUUAGCCGUGUCACGACAAAACCAACAUAGUGGGUUUGCGACCAGCAUGGAUCCAGACCAGCAUGCGCAUCCGCGCAGUCUGAUCAGGAUCCAUGCUGUUCGCUAUCAGUUUCUCUACUAAUAGAGUUGGUAAGCAAACAGCAUGGAUCCUGAUCAGACUGCGCGCAGACUGCGGUGGUCUGGAUCCAUGCUGGUCACAAAUGCACUAUGUUGGUUUUGUCAUGACGAGGCUCAAUUAUGAUUAUGUUCCUGUAUGUAUUUGUUUCUAUUACAUAUUAUGGUACUAAUAAAUUUUGAUUUGUUCACAUAAAGAACAAAUCUUUUAAAUUGAAUCAUUGGAUAUUCAUGAAAUAAAAGUUGUAAGAAUGCAAAA